GCUAAUCUUGCUUGUUCAUUGUCAACAAAUGAAGAAGGAACGAAAAUUGUCCAAAUGGCAACUAAUCACAUAGAGACCUUGUGCCCACAGGUUAUUAAUGCUGCUUUAGCUCUUGCUGCCAAACCAAAGAGUCAAGUUGUGAAAAACAACAUGGAGAUGUAUAGGAGUACAUGGGAGAAUCACAUCCAUGUUCUUACUGAAGCUGUGGAUGAUAUAACAAGUAUUGAUGAUUUUCUUGCUGUAUCAGAAAGCCACAUUCUUGAGGAUGUGAACAAAUGUAUCAUUGCCCUGACGGAGCAGGAUGCGGAUGGCCUGGAUCGUGCGGCAGGUGCCAUCCGAGGCCGUGCUUCCAGGGUUGCUCACAUUGUUUCGGGUGAAAUGGACAAUUAUGAACCCGGAGUUUACACUGAGGGGGUGAUGGCCAGUGUUCAGUAUCUGACCAAGAAUGUGAUUCCAGAGUUUAUUGGUCAAGUAAAUAUUGCAUUGGAGAGCCUAAGUAAGAACACAGUUCAUCUGUUCGAUGAUAACCACUUUGUGGACAUUUCUAAGAAGGUGUAUGAUGCGAUUCACAACAUCAGGUGCUCAGUCAUGAUGAUUCGGACACCUGAGGAGCUUGAAGAUGUGUCUGACCUUGAAGAAGACCACGAUGCGUGCAGUCGUACCAGUAUCCAGACUGAAGGGAAGACUGACAGGGCCAAGAUGACUCAACUGCCAGAGGCUGAAAAGGAAAAGAUAGCUGAGCAAGUGGCUGAUUUCAAAAAAGUCAAGAGUAAGCUUGAUGCUGAGAUUGAAAUAUGGGAUGAUACCAGCAAUGACAUAAUUGUUCUGGCCAAGAGGAUGUGUGUGAUUAUGAUGGAGAUGACUGACUUCACAAGGGGGAGAGGACCACUGAAGCACACAUCUGAUGUAAUCAAUGCAGCAAAGAUGAUCUCGGAGUCAGGCUCCAGGAUGGACGUCCUGGCGCGGCUCAUUGCGGAUCAGUGUCCAGACCAGUCAUGCAAACAGGAUUUAUUGGCUUACCUAGAACAGAUCAAGCUGUAUUCUCACCAGCUCAAAAUCUGCAGUCAAGUUAAAGCAGAAAUCCAGAAUCUCGGUGGAGAGCUUUUCAUGUCUGCUCUGGAUAGCAUCACUUCGCUCAUUCAGGCCGCCAAAAAUCUAAUGAAUGCUGUGGUGCAGACAGUGAAGAUGUCCUAUAUUGCAUCCACAAAGAUUAUCAAGAUUCAGAGUCCUACUGGCCCACGACAUCCAGUUGUGAUGUGGAGAAUGAAGGCUCCAGAGAAGAAGCCCCUCAUUAAAAGAGAGAAGCCAGAAGAAGUCUAUGCUGCUGUCAGAAAAGGUUCUGCAAAGAAGAGAAUCCAUCCUGUUCAAGUCAUGAGUGAAUUUAGAGGCAUAGAAAGAGUGAAUUUAGAGGCAUAGAAAUAGUCUAAUAUUUUGCCACCUUGUGUGUUACUAUCUUGAAUUGCUGGUGAUUUUUCAUUUUUCCCCCACUUAUUUAAUAAUUAUAUAUGUUAAUGUUUUGCUUUUCUCUAAAUCUGUAAGAUAACACUUGCUUAAAUUAUUUGAAAAUGCUGUUGGAUUAAUUAGAAGCACACAGUUG